CGCAUAAGCAAACUUCCUAUCAUGUCUUCGUCACAGAUCUUUAAUUAUUUUCCAAUAAAAUAGUAUACAGUAUUAAUAAAAGGUUUGUGUUGCAAACAAAAAAAUACCGCGUCACUAAUCAACGAUUACUAGAUUAAAUUGAUCUAAUCAAACUUCGUUUUAAGUAUCAAUAAAAAGGUAUUAAAUUCUGUUACAAUGACGCUCCCUUAGUGUCAACUUGGGAAUAAACUAUAAAAAUCGUCAACAGUAGCUUAUUUAUUUAUCAAACGUGCUUCGAUAAUGUCAAAUAUAAACUCAACUACCAAUAAAAAGUGAUAAUAAAACCACCAAGAUUUAUAUCGAUCAGGUACUGGCUUAAAUAUUCACCGAGCCCGGAAUUUUCGUAACAAUGAAGUUAGUUAAUUUAUGAAAAUUUAUUUACAAGUCAAUACUUGUAAAAUCAAUUUAUUUAAACUAUGUCUUUCAUAAAUCAAACGGGCAUUGAUUAUUUACGUAGCGCUCUCCCGCAUAUACGUUUUAUAAAUGGAGUAUCAGCUUCAAGAAUUUAUGAAAAUUCCAAUAGUUACCCGAAAAAUUCAGUUUAUAAGUUAAUACCAAACUUUCCAAAAGUCUUCAACAGUAACAGGAGCACAAUAAAUCACUUGAUGACAGAAUCUGCUGAUUUAUAUUUACGGAUAAUGGAGUCGCUGUUAGUUAAAAAUAAAUAAAUAAUUUAUUAAAAACAAGCAACUAGUCUUCCUGAAAAAAAAUUUAAUAGUGUUGUAAUUUCUAUAUAUUGAGUAAUAUCGUAAGAUAAAGGUAAUAAAAUAAAAACCAAGUAUUUAAAUCAUUUUUGGUGGCACGUGGUAGACAAAGCGGCGUAAGAUUGUGGGAGUCUGAGUAGUGUAGGCUUGCAAGCUUCUCCCAGCUAUUUAGAACCCGCGGGGUACCUUGGCGCAUGUCCGAUCUGAUAAAGGCUGCUCAGUAGCUACAAGUCAGUGGAUAAUAUAAUGUUAAGCACUGUCGCGUCGGCGCGGAUUUUAGUGACGUCUUGCUGCUGAUGGCGUAAAAAGCUUUGAGAGAAGGGACUUACUCUCGGAGCUUGUGUGGUGUGCCGAUUCAAUAGAGGACUACUCUGCUCAGAGUACCGUUGCGUUGACCAAAGUGUGGGUCGUGGUGGUGUUGUGCAUAAUCACAUGGUGAGCUAGUGGCCGCGCCGUACCGACGUUGAGCGUCGUACGUACGUCGCCGUCGUGUUAUUAUUUUUCUUGUUAUUGUUUUGUGAUAAAUAACAUCAAUAAUAAUAAUAAUUAAUAAUUAUUUUAAUUAUUACUAACAGGAUUGAGUCUGAAGAGUGAAGAAAAUUUAUAAAGAAGAAGAAUAACUUUGGAGAAGAAGAUAACUUUGUUAUAAAAUAAGCAAAGGGAAGAAGAAAUAAUAAAAGUACAGAGACAUUAAAAUAAAAAUCAGAGGUUUGGUGUGUAUAAAAGCGUUUGGCUCGCGUCGCUCCUCGUGAGCUUGCGCACGGUCCUCAUCAGGGUGAGAUAGGAGCAGCCUGAAUAGUAAACGAGGUGCGCCCUCCCUCGGCUACGAAUCGGAGCCGAUGCCAGGAGAUAUUUCACUAUCAUCAUCCCGUGGCCCGCUCCGUUUGACGGAUGCGCGAUAAGUAAAAAAAAUAUUUUUUUAAGUACUGUUGGAGUAGAGUGAUGGUCAGCUGUGUUGUAGUGGGCACAACAAGGCGAGCCUCCGGAAAUGCGCCUUAGGCACUUUGAACUCGUUAAACGGGAGUGCCCUUGGCAGCAGCGAAAUGUUCGCGUACGGUUUCGAGAUAACAUAGAAGAAAUGUAAUGUGGUAGCGCGUUGCGCCUUGUGUAGCUUCACGGUGAAAAUCUGGCGUGAACGGCGCCGCGGUGGAACGGGGAACAUGGCGUCGGCCUCGGCCAAGACUCCAGCUAGCCACGGGCACAGCUUUAGACAGAAAACGUUCCAUAAACCUACGUUCUGCCAUAGCUGCACCGAUCGGCUCUGGGGCAUCAUUGGACAGGGGAACUACAUCUGCGAAGUUUGCAACUUCAUGGUGCAUGAACGCUGUCUCACGGCCGUCGUGUCUCCCUGCUCCAGCAUCGCGGCAAACCUCAUUAAGAACCCGGUUGCACAUUGCUGGUCCGAACCGGUACAUCAUAAAAAGAAAUUUUGCAAUGUUUGUCGAAAACGUCUUGAGGACACGUCUCCGUCCGUACACUGUGAAAUUUGCGAGUACUUUGUGCACACGGACUGUCAAGACUUUGCUUUGGCGGAUUGCAAGGAGAAUGCGACGUACCUGCCGGGAAAGGACCUGUCGUCAGUCACUCAUACACAUCACUGGCGAGAAGGAAAUUUGCCGACUAAUUCAAAAUGCGCUGUCUGCAAAAAGAGCUGCUGUUCUACUGAGUGCCUGUCGGGAUUUCGAUGCGAGUGGUGUGGCAUGACGUUACACUCUUAUUGUCGCAAAAGUCCGGCCGUAAGACAAGAAUGCACCUUCGGAAGUUUAGAACCGAUUUAUCUACCUCCAUACGCAAUCAGCAUCCCGCGAAGCGAUGUGCCAAUGGAGGCAAUCAUCGGUGUACAUUCUCGACGGAGAGAAAUCUCAACGCAUAACACCGGAGAGCAAUUUGAUUUUGCUGAGAGCGAACGAAUUGGGGCGACAGGUCAUCUAGCCGAAGCUUUCAGGCGCCUUUCACUAGUUUUUCCACGUAGCUGCCAUGGAAAUUGUCAUGCUUCCCCUCCUUAUGUUCGAGCGCGAAGUAUCUCGGAGGAAUUUAGCAGCGGAGACACUAAAAAUCGUGACAGCGAUGACGCGAUGCAACCCAGCACCGGUCACAAUAGAGAUCCUAAAUCUCCAAAGGAUAAGGACGAUAAAGAACGAGGUGAUGAAGAAAUGAUUAAAGUUUACGACGGUAAUUUGUCCCUCAAGCGAAAAAUAUUCCGGGUAAUCUCAGUACCUCGGCAAGCAUCUACAGCGGAAGUCUUAGCGGCGGCUCUUAAAUCGUAUCACAUCACGGAAGUACAUCUGAGUUCUUUUUAUCUUACCGAUUUGUACGCGCCCGAAGAGACGCGGUUGUGUGAUCCAACGCCAGUACUUAAUUUGAAUCGUAAAGAAGGCAAACGCCGAGGUGUUUUUCUGCGACAUAGAGGCCAAUUAAGUAGUGAAGUUCGUGUCUACCCUGGUAAACUUAAUGUACUUCAAACUUAUUGUACAGUAACAAUAAAUGAAGAAACAACAGUAGCUGAUCUUAUGCGUGAAGCACUGGUUCAAUUUAACCAACCCAACGCAAACAUUGAAGACUAUAGAUGCAGUGAAGUUCUCAUGGAUCGUGAUGUUACGGAGAGGGUGUUGGACACUGCCGAAAAGCCAUUGGAGAUAUUAAAACAAUUAGGAAAAGAUUCUAUUAGACAACGGGAGCUAAUGAGAUUUUAUCUACAAUUAAAACAAGAUCCGCACGGUUCUAAUGUUGCACUAUACGUUGCCAAUUUACCAGCAAGCUUAAAUGAGAAGCUUUAUGAAAAUAUUCUCAUUGAUUUUUUAGGAAUAGAAAACAAAUUCAAGUCGAUCGGUCCAAUUUAUUAUGAGCACGGGUGCAUGGUAAUAAUUUACGAAGACCUGGAGAAAGCCGUUCGUGCAUUAUACAUCCUACGUGAAUCGAAAUAUGAAGACAAAAAUCUGCUGGUUAUGCUUCUACCAAGUAUUGAACCAACCAUGAUACCAGCGGGUGUCCAACCACUGUUGGUAUUUGUCAACGUCAAAUCGGGUGGAUGCCAAGGUCACGAAUUAGUCACCAGUUUCCGCAAACUCUUGAAUCCAUACCAAGUAUUUGACUUGGACAAUGGUGGUCCACUUCCCGGGAUGUAUAUGUUUCGGCAUAUAAGGAAUUACAAGAUACUUGUUUGCGGUGGCGAUGGCACGAUAGGAUGGGUAUUACAGUGUUUAGACAAUGUAGGACAAGACAGUGAGUGCUCGUCACCAGCCUGUGCAAUUGUGCCCUUAGGAACGGGUAACGAUCUUGCACGAGUAUUAUGUUGGGGACCCGGUUAUACUGGUGGCGAAGAUCCAAUUAAUCUUCUACGAGAUGUUAUCGAUGCUGAAGAGAUUAUGCUCGACAGGUGGACUGUUGUAUUUCAUCCUCAAGAUCAAGAUGAUGCUACGGGAGCUGGAUCUACCAGUGAAGAUAACGCACAAAUGUUUGUUAUGAAUAAUUACUUCGGUCUUGGUAUUGACGCGGACCUAUGCCUGGGAUUUCACAACGCCCGGGAAGAAAAUCCUGAUAAAUUCAACAGUCGAUUACACAAUAAAGGAGUCUACGUUAAAAUGGGAGUAAAGAAGAUGUUGGAUCGAACGUGCCGAGAUAUGCAGAGGAAAAUUAGGCUGGAGGUUGAUAAUAAAGUGAUUGAUCUACCGCCACUUGAAGGAAUGAUUAUUUUAAACAUCCAGAGCUGGGGUUCUGGAGCAAAGCCAUGGGGCGAUGGCCCAGACGACCAAUUCCGUAAACCAAAUCAUUACGACGGUUUAUUAGAGGUCGUAGGAGUUACAGGCGUUGCACACUUGGGACAAAUCCAAUCUGGUUUCCGCUCAGCUAUGAGAAUAGCACAAGGUGGACAUAUAAAAAUUCAUUUGAGUUCGGAUGUACCAGUACAAGUCGACGGUGAGCCAUGGACUCAGACUCCAAGUGUAGUAGUUAUUCUCAAGUCUGCUCUCAAGGCCGCGAUGCUGAAGAAGACGAAGGGUAAAGUCAAGCGACGGGAUACAGAUGCAAAUAUGCCAUCAACAGGACCACAACCAUCAACAUCCAAUGAUCCAACGGAUCCAGAGGUAUUCUGAGCAAGGUGUCAUCCUCAGUGUCUGCUAUGGUGCUUCUGAUUGAGAAUCAUCGCACGGUGUAUAAACAUUUGUUUACUUAGAUUCUUAUUUGUACAAUAAGCCAACAACAGCAACAUACUGCAGUGAUAAAUUUAAUACGUUUAUUAAAAAUUCAUCUAUGAUAUGUUAUCGUUAUUACUUAUGACGCUGAGUGACUUAUUACGGGCGAUAUAUACAUAUAUUUAUAGUACGAAUAUAUGUAGAAAUUUUUAAUAUAAGUAGUACGUAUACUUUAUUACAACGUAUAUUGAUAUGAUAUGGUGGUUCAUAAUAAGCGAAAAGGAAUAUCGCGGGAUCCUUUCCUUGAAGCAACUGAAUUCAAAUGAUAACUACUUAAAGACAAAAAAAUAUUUAUUUAUUACUGAAAUGUGACUAAAUACCGACGUGUUAGAUAAUAAUAAUUUUACAAUUAAUUUUAUUGACAGACACAAAGCAUUAAUUACUAUGAUAAGUGCUCGAUAUUUGAAAAAUUUCUUUUUAUAAAUUACAAAUAGUUUAAUUAUUACAAAUAAAAAAAUA